GUUCACUGCCUCUCAGUCACACCCAGUAAUGCGAAGCUUCACACCUUUCCCGGACCUUUCUUUGAAUAUCAGCCCUCCAGAUUGUAAAGCGAAACAAGUCGAGAGUCACACUAAGGGAUUCGCAACCAAAAGGCCUCACAGUGAUAUGUGCUCCACCUCCGAUUCUGGAAGCAGCGAGAGUGAUUUAAGCCAUGAAAAUGCCUUUUCGCACCUUGGCUAUCGUGAGCCUACUUUGAGCUUAGGCAUCAAAAUGGCAGAUUUGAAUCCCCUUCCACUCCCAAGAAACGUGAAUCACUUUCACAACCCGCAACCUCACAUCUAUGGUCGCGACUUUAAACGAAACACCAGAGUCGUCUGCGGUGUGAAAAGGAGCAUCAGAGCUCCUAGAAUGCGAUGGACUACAACCUUACAUGCCCAUUUUGUUCAUGCUGUUCAACUUCUUGGCGGCCAUGAAAGGGCAACUCCAAAGUCAGUGUUAGAGUUGAUGAAUGUAAAAGAUUUAACCCUAGCACACGUUAAGAGCCACCUACAGAUGUAUAGAACAGUGAAAAGCACUGCCAAAUGCACAGGUCAUGGCCACACUGAUAUGGGAUUAGCCGUUGUCGAUGAGCAUGGAGCAGCCUCAGCUUGUGAGAGAACCCAUCUACCUCUGCCACUUCAAAGAUCUCACAACAACAAGGAAUCAUGGCAAUCAUCAACGGAGACAAGGACAAACGAUAGUAGACAAAAACCAGGAACGAGUUUGACGUAUUCUCAAGUGAAGGCAGACGAAAGCAUGGUGGUUGGAAGGUCAUUGUCAGAUUCUUCAGAUGAGACGCUUAACCUAGAAUUCACCCUUGGAAGACCCAGUUGGAACACAGACCAGACUCAAUCAUCAACAGACUUAACUUUCUCAACUGUUAAACUUGCACUAUAUGUGCCCUUUCCCUGUCACCAACACUUUUGA